AUGACAGUGUCUUCCACUAGCCAGACUCUCAAGGUCUCUGUGCCAGCGGUCGCCCCAGAGGCAGAUAUGCCCCAUCGCACGCUGAGCAAGUCGAUGACCUUUGCCAAUUUGGACCAAUACCAAUACUGGCAUGCCGUCGGUCCAAUUCUGGGGAGAAUGCUCUCCAACGGCAACUACGGCAUCCACCAGCAAUAUGAAUAUUUGUGUCUAUUUGCGCAUGUUAUAAUUCCAAAGCUGGGACCCUUUCCUGGCGGAAGAGAUAUAUACAAAUGUCUGCUCGGAGGCACCGGCUCCGUGGAGCUCAGUCAGAACGUCCAAAAAUUGGGCCUGACUACACGGGUUGCGUUCGAGCCCACAAGCUACAUUGCUAGCACUGGAGUCGACCCGCUCAAUCGACACACGGUACACGCUACCCUGGCCGAGUUGAGGGCUAUCGGGUCUGCCACCGUUGACAUGGAGCUACAUCAAAUCCUCGUCAAUGAGCUGACUUUGACGGACCGCGAGGAAAAUCUCAUGUCCCCGGAAGCUAUCUCGGGAACUGCGUGGAAGACGCAAAUUCUGCUUGCUUUGGACUUGGGCCAGACUGGCAUCACUGUCAAGGAGUAUUUCUACCCUGCACUUAAGGCUUCUGUGACUGGGCAAAGUGUGGCCAAACUGUGCUUUUCUGCUAUUCGCAAAGUGGACAAGCAAGGAGAUUUCGAACCAUCGAGUAAGGUCAUUGAGGCCUAUAUGCAAACCCAGAGCCAGACAGACCUUUACUUUUUGUCCUGUGAUUUGGUUGAUCCAGCGCAAACUCGGAUCAAGCUUUACCUAAUGGAGCUAGACAUGAGGUUGGCAAAGGUCGAGGAGCACUGGACAAUGGGCGGUAAGCUCAAUGACGAAGAGACAUUGCUUGGACUGAAAAUGCUGCGAGAACUGUGGGUGGAGUUCGGGAUUAUCGAAGGCAUGCGAAAUGAGCCGGAGCGGCCAUCACUGCCUGGAGAUCCCGACACUAUCGUUCCCUUCAUCAUGAACUAUGAGAUGAACCCCGGCGAGGCAUUGCCUAAGCCUAAGUUCUACUUCCCCUUGGUCGGCAUUUCGGAGCUGAAAAUCGCCAAUGUGCUCACAGCAUUCUUUGAGCGCUAUGAUAUGCCUGACCAGGCCGCAGUCUAUCGCGACAAUUUGCAGACAUACUACCCCAGCAAGGAUUUGGCUAUUGCAACGGAUCAUCAGGCAUGGCUGUCCUUCUCAUACACCAAGAAGAAGGGACCAUAUCUCACCAUGUACUAUCACUAG